AUGCCCGCCGGCCUCCCGCAGCCGGCCGGCCCCGCGCCCCCGGCCGCCGGCGGCGGCUCCUCGGCCGGGGCGCGGCCGGUCCGCGCGGAGGGCGCGUCCGCGGCCCCGGGCGCCGUGACGAAGGCUCCGGUCCAGGUCCGCGUGGAGCCCGCGGCCGCGCAGCCCCCGCGGCCCCCGGCGGGGCCCCUGGCGGCCCCGGGGGCUCCUGUCAGCGCGCUGCCCGCCGCGCAGAUUGUCGCCGUGAAGGCGCCCGCCGCCGCCAUCCAGCUGCCCGCGCACCUCCAGCUGCCGCCAGGAACAGUUUUGAUCAAAAGUAACAGUGGUCAGUUGAUGUUGGUAUCUCCUCAGCAACCUGUAACAAGAGCCGAGACUACAAGUACCAUAAUUUCAAGGCCGGCUCUACCAGCGAAUCCUCAAACAGUCAAAAUCUGUGCAAUGCCGAAUUCUAACUCACAGUUAAUCAAGAAAGUGGCCGUGGCACCUGUUAAACAACUGGCACAAAUGGGAGCUACCGUGGUAACCACAGUUACAAAGCCUUCCUUGGUACAGACUGUGGCGGUGCCAUCCAGCGUUGUCACAGUCACUCCCGUGAAGCCGUCGAAUACUGUAACCACCUUGAAGCCUUCCAGUUUGGGAGCAGCACAUACCCUUUCUAGCGAGCCCACCCCCAAUGCAGGGAGCUCCGCAGCUGCUCAGACCAGUCUUACUCCGGCGAUGCUAGAGAAUGUGAAGAAAUGUAAGAACUUCCUUGCGAUGUUAAUAAAACUAGCGUGUAGUGGAUCACAGUCCCCAGAAAUGGGGCAGAAUGUCAAGAAGCUGGUGGAACAACUUUUGGAUGCAAAAAUCGAAGCGGAGGAAUUUACCAGACAACUGUAUGUUGAACUCAAGUCUUCACCCCAGCCUCACCUAGUCCCCUUCCUUAAGAAAAGUGUGAGUGCCUUGCGACAGCUCUUGCCCAGCUCCCAGAGCUUCAUCCAGCAGUGUGUUCAGCAGCCCUCUGGGGAGGCCGGCGCCGCUACCUGCACCGCACCGGCCUCUGCUGUGGUGACAGCAGCAGACUCCUCUGUCCCGGCCGAAAAGGCCCUCAGCGUUUCUGGAGCAGCCACACCCAGAACUGUGUCGGUACAGAGCCUGAAUUCCUUGGUUGGCCCAGCGGGAGCCAAAGCUGGAGUUGUGACAGUUCAUUCUGUGGGUCCAGCUGCUGCAGCAGGAGGAGCAGCAGCUGGAACCAUUGUGCUGCCGACUCCAAAGCCACUUGUGGCGACUGCACAGAAUACCGUGACUGCCAUCUCGCUUCCACCUGAAAAGCCUGUGGUCUGCAGAGCUGGCGUGACGUUGGCCCUCCCGUCAGUAACUGUGGGAGAACCUUCAUCUGCUCUUUGUCUUCCGUCGGUGUCUGUGAAAACAGUUGUCACUUCUGCGGGGACCUCCUCUGAGAAGCCAGUCCAGAUCACACUCGCACCGCCAGGACCCAUCCUUCCCCAAUCGGCUGCUCUCCCACAGGCAGUGAAAGUCAAGCAGCUAGUCGUCCAGCAGCCGGCAGGGGGCCUUACACAAGCGGGCACACCUCUCCCUUCCUCAGCACUGACCCUUCAGAAGAAGAUGCCAGUGACCACUGCGGUAGCUUCCGCUUCCAUUCUAAAACAAACUACCCUGCCAGGAAAUAAAAUCCUGUCUCUUCAAGUAUCUUCUAUUCAGAAAGAUAAAACCAAGGAGAAUGGAGCGAUGUCCUUGAGAGAUGAAGAUGACAUCAAUGAUGUGACUUUCAUGGCCGGGGUCAACCUCAAUGAGGAAAACGCCUGCAUCUUAGCAACAAACUCCAAACUGGUUGGCACACUCAUUCAGUCGUGUAGAGAUGAGCCAUUCCUCUUCGUUGGAGCUCUACAGAAGAGGAUUUUAGACAUUGGUAAAAAGCAUGACAUUACGGAGCUGAGCUCUGAGGCCGUGAAUUUGAUCUCCCAUGCAACACAGGAGCGGCUGCGAGGCCUCCUGGAGAAGCUGACCACCAUUGCUCGGCACCGGAUGACGGCCUACAAGACGAGUGACAGUUACAUCCUGUCUAGUGAUACCCGGUCACAGCUCAAAUUCCUCGAGAAGCUGGAUCAGCUGGAGAAGCAGAGGAAGGACUUGGAGGAAAGAGAGAUGUUGCUGAAGGCCGCCAAGAGCCGUUCCAAUAAAGAAGAUCCAGAGCAGCUGAGGCUGAAGCAGAAAGCCAAGGAGCUGCAGCAGAUGGAGCUCGCACAGAUCCAGCAGCGAGACGCCAACCUCACCGCCCUGGCUGCCAUCGGGCCGAGGAGGAAGAGGCCGCUGGAGGCUGCGCCCGGGAGCGAGGGCUUGAAGGACAACCCUCUGGCUCCCAGGACCUGCGGCCUGGCAGGCAGCAGGCAGCUGCCCCGCCCGCAGGCCACGCGGGUCUGCCUGCGGGACCUGGUGUUCUGCAUGGAGCAGGAGCGGGACAUGAAGCACUCGCGCGCUCUCUACCUCGCGCUUCUCAAGUGA